UUGAAAUUUGGUGUUCAACUGAAUAAUGUCGAAAGCUUGCCGCAAUCGCUGAUCAUUCGUAUCGAACGUGUCGGUGUGUUGCCGUCUGGAAGCGAGUUCAAACUAGCCGAUCAUGUGGAAUUCGGGGAAACCCUCGACGUUCGCGACCUUUGCUUUUACAGGAACAAGGAGGCUGACUACAAUAUGUCGAUGGCACGCCGGCCCGAGUCAACCUCAAGGAUAGUGGGAGGAGCGGCAGGAAAUGAACACCCUUUGACUAGAAGGCCGUCGUCAAGUGGACUUGUGUCACCAUUUGGAAUAAUUGAUGGUGGCUCUUUUGUGGCUGAACGUCGAGAGUCGGCUCGUUACAAAUACCAGCUUCGUGCGGUAAGCGAACAUCGCGGUGUACCCCAAAGUGGACAUUUUGUGACUUACCGACGAGGAAUUCACGACCCUCACACGUGGCACCUCACUAAUGAUGCUAAGGUUAAGCGAGUACCAUACUCUCAAGUAUCUUCCGCUCAAGCUUACAUGCUAUACUACGAGCGUAUUCAACCAAAUCGAUGGUAUAAGCAAAGUAAUGUACUACUCAGACCUUGA